AUGGCGCAUGUCUUGGCGAGAGAAGAGCAUAACUUAAGGAAGGACCAUAUCAUCACUGAAGUAAAGAAGCAGGCAUGGCUAUCAGUGCCUAUCAUUGUUUCUGGAGUGCUUGAGAAACUAAUUCAAAUCAUCUCCCUCGCAUUUGUUGGUCAUCUUGGAGAGCUUCCCCUGUCUGCUGCUUCUAUGGCUACUUCCAUUUCUGGGAUCACUGGCAUAAGUAUAUUGGUGGGAAUGGGAAAUGCAUUGGAUACUUUAUGCGGACAAGCUUAUGGAGCAAAAGAAUACCAUUUGCUUGGUAUAUAUUUGCAAAAGGCCAUGCUUGUUAUUACCAUUGUGUGCAUGCCUCUUGCUUUCGUUUGGGCUUUCGCUGGUGAAAUCCUCCAUGCAAUUGGUCAAAAUAAAGAGAUAUCAAUGGCCGCUCAAUUAUACGCUAGGUGCAUGAUACCAGUUUUGUUUACUUAUGGCCUCCUUCAAUGUUAUUAUAGGUUUUUACAGGCUCAAAAUAUCGCCUUUCCUAUGAUGUUAACUUCAGGCUUCACAAUUUUAGUUCACAUCUUUACAUGUUGGCUUUUGAUCAUCAAAUGGAAGAUUGGCUACAUUGGAGCUGCCAUUGCAAAUUCACUAUCAUACUGUUUAUCUUUCGUAUUAAUUGCAAGUUAUGUGCAGUUAUCUUCAAGAUUCAAGCACACUUGGACUGGCUUCUCAAAGCAAGCUUUGCAUGAUUUCUCAAGUCUCCUUAGACUUGUAAUUCCUUCUGCUUCAAUGAGUUGCUUAGAAUAUUGGUCAUUUGAAGCUAUUGUACUUAUGUCUGAUUUUCUUCCAAACCCAAAAUUAGAAACAUCAGUACUGGCAAUUUGUCUAAACACAGCUAUAAUUACAUACAUGAUCCCGAUCGGUAUAGGUGCUUCACUAAGUACACAUGUUUCCAAUGAAUUGGGGGCUGGAAAUCCACGAAAUGCUCACUCAGCAAUAUAUGUUGCCGGAACAAUAGCAAUUUUUGAAGGGUUGAUAGUAUUGUUAGAGGAUGUGGUUGGCAAAAAUUUGGAGUUGUUGUUAACAUUGGUGCUUUCUAUAUAG